AUGGAUUUGUUAAGAGCAACAAACGGUCAAACAAAAAGAACGAUUCAGACUCUUGAGGAUUUGUUAAGAGCAUCUGUUAUGGAUUUUGGUGGGUCAUGGGACGAUAACUUGAUGUAUGUAGACGGAGUUCUAUGUGUUGGGACUUGGAAUGAUGUAAAUGAGUCGAUGGAACUAGGACCAGAAAUGUUCCAAGGUCCUGAGCCUGCCCCAUUGGACUGCACUAUAGUUUGUGGCCCCGAAGGCAGAUUUGCCCGUGGCGGCCCUAGUUCUUCCGCCGCAUCUGAGUCGCAUGCCUUGGAUACCCAGACCACAGCGUACUACAUGGCUGUCAUUGGCUCUACCUUGUUGGCGGAUAAGACCAGGACUGGCAUGCGACCUCACCCGAUAGUUGUCGUCAACGACGAUGAACAGGACGUGGCUUGGGGUGCGGUGACUUUGGCGUUCUUGUACAGGCAGCUCGGAAUGGCAUCUAGGGCUGGUUGCAAGACCAUUGCUGGAUGCCUCACAUUGCUCCAGACAUGGAUCUAUGAGUACUUCCCCGCUUUCCGCCCUCAUCCUCGCCGAGAUGAUGUGCCAAACACGACUAGGGCGGAGAUGUGGACGCCGAAGAAAGUAGGUCGUGAGCUGGACAGGUUGAUAUCAUUCCGCAAGGUUCUGGACUCAAUGACAGAGACUCAGGUUGAAUGGACUCCCUACAAUUGUGGAGCUGCUGCGUUGCUGCAUGAGCACCCACGCACCACAGUCAUCGGGGGUAUCACCUGCUUUGAUGUUGUGGAGGUGUAUUUGCCGGAGCGGGCAUUGCGACAGAUUGGGUUCGUGCAGUCUAUUCCUCCAGCUCCUAUGAGACCAGCCAAGGCUCUUCGACCGGCACACGGAACCUACUCCGUGACCUUUCCUUCUUCUGCUGCUGCAUUUGUGGAGGCGUGGAGUAGGUUCCCCUACAGUGGCCGCCUUGUUGAGCAGGGACUUCGACGGGCUACUGUUCCUUCAGAGACUGAACCUAAUUACGUUGAAUGGUUCAGACGUAAGGCUCAGGUAUAUCCGCACCAAUCUGGGUGUAAUUCAUAUUCAAGUACCUCAGCCAUUCGGCGAACAAAAGCGGGAUCAGAUUUAAGGACUUCAUCGACCAGAGAUUGA